GCUCCCGCCGCGGUCCCCCGCAGGGGUAUGAGCGGCGCUGCGUUGCCCGCGAGCUGAGAGACCUACGAGCUUCCCGAUGAAAUAACCGCGGAGCGCGUUAGGUUGGCUGGGCUCCUCGCUGGCAGCUGUAACUCCUUCCUUUCCUAGAGAUGGAUUUCGAAGCGAUUAAAAAAUCCUCGGCGUUGCACCCGAAGCCUGCUGGGCUCACUCUUCAGUAUGGCACCGCCGGGUUUCGCACCAAGGCAGAGCGGCUCGACCAUGUCAUGUUCCGCAUGGGCUUCCUGGCGGUCCUCAGGUCCAGAGCCACCGCGUCUACCAUUGGCGUCAUGGUCACAGCGUCUCACAAUCCUGAAGAAGAUAAUGGUGUGAAGUUGAUUGAUCCUCAUGGUGAAAUGUUGCAUCCUUCCUGGGAAGAAUAUGCUACACAACUAGCAAAUGCAGAGGAGCAAGAACUGCAGAAAGUAAUGACUGAAAUCUGCCAAAAAGAGGAGGUGAACCUGCACAAAGAUGCUUUGGUUUUUAUUGGUAGAGACACCAGACCGAGCAGCAAGAAACUUUCCCAAUCAGUAAUAGAUGGUAUCUCUGUUCUAGGUGGACAAUACCAUGAUUAUGGUCUGGUGACAACACCACAGCUACAUUACGUGGUCUUCUGUCAAAACACCCAAGGACAGUAUGGGAAAGCAACACUGGAGGGUUAUUACCAAAAACUAUCUAAAGCUUUUGUAGAACUGAUCAAACAGGCUAAUUCUCCCAGCUCUGGAGAUAGUCAAAGGCAUCUGAAGAUUGACUGUGCCAAUGGAAUAGGAGCCCUGAAACUAAUGGAAAUGCAGCACUACUUUCCAAAGGAGGUACAAAUUCACCUAUAUAAUGAUGGAACUAAGGAGAAGCUCAAUCACUUAUGCGGUGCAGAUUAUGUAAAAGUUCAUCAGACAUCACCAGGAGGGCUAGACAUGAAGCCUAAUGAGAGAUGCUGCUCACUUGAUGGAGAUGCAGAUAGAAUUGUUUAUUACUAUAAGGACACAGCUGACCACUUUCAUCUAAUCGAUGGAGAUAAAAUAGCAACUUUAAUUUGUAUCUUCCUUAAAGAACUUCUUGUCAAGGUGGAACAGGCUUUAAAGAUGGCAGUGGUACAGACGGCAUACGCCAACGGGAGUUCAACACGCUACCUUGAGGAAACAAUGAAGGUGCCUGUUCAUUGUGUCAAAACAGGAGUGAAACACCUGCAUCACAAGGCUCAGGAGUUUGAUGUUGGUGUGUAUUUUGAGGCAAAUGGACAUGGCACAGUAUUAUUUAGUAAAGCUGCUGAAAUUAAAAUAAGACAUCUGGCAAAAGAAGAAAAGGAUGAUGAAAGAAGAGAAGCAGCAAAGAUGCUUGAAAACAUGAUGGACCUGAUUAAUCAGACAGUUGGUGAUGCUAUCUCAGACAUGCUGGUUAUUGAAGCAAUCCUGGCUUUAAAAGGUCUUACCGUGCAACAGUGGGAUGCCAUCUACACUGAUCUUCCAAAUCGGCUACUCAAAGUUCAGGUUGCAGACAGGCAAGUUAUUGGCACAACAGAUGCAGAAAGGCGUGUGGUUGCACCCCCAGGACUACAAGAGAAAAUUGAUGCACUUGUACAGAAGUACAAAUCAUCACGAGCAUUUGUCCGUCCAUCAGGAACAGAAGAUAUAGUUAGGAUAUAUGCUGAAGCAGACAAACAGGAGAAUGCUGAUGCCCUUGCCCAUGAAGUAAGCCUGGCUGUUUACCAUCUCGCUGGUGGAGUAGGAGCACCACCCCAGCCUGUAUAACAAAGGAUACAACUGCAGUUAAAGUUCAUAACUUGACUUAUUCAAAAUUACUUUAUCAUUUGUUAGUGCAGACAUAUCAAGCCAUUCUUGAUUGUAAAAGGGAUUAAUCAGAACUGAGCACAGUAUUUUUCCAUCUGUUAUUUCUUACCUGGUUGGUAACUUACCUCUUAAUAGGGUCCUCUUGCUGCUUGGUGUUUCUCCCCACUCAUUUGUUUUGCUUCUGAAGUGGAACUGAGCUAGAUGUGUGCGAGCAUGCCUUGAAUGUUGCGUCUUGACUUGCAGUGCCCUAGUCAUAUCCAGAAGGGAGGCUACAACUCCAGUCUGCUAAGCAUGAAGACUCAUCUUCUCUACUAGCAAUAACCUGGUUACUAGCCCUUCCCCAGAUAAUAUACAAGGGAGAUUAGCCACGCAGAUUCGGUUUGGGCUAGUGCAGAAGCUCCAUUGAAGCUUAAAGCCUUGCUGCUACCAAGCAGGAGAGCCAAAAAGAACCUGUGACUGAGAGCAAUCCACCUCCUUCAGUUUGAUAGGUUAAUGACACAUUGUGCCUAAAUCAAGCUCCUAUGCCCUUAGUGCACUUGCAGCAGCUGUGCUUGACUAGCUGUCCUGGGCUGCGCUCACAGUAGCUUUAGCACAGCUUUACUACUGCAGAAACAUCACCUCCAGUAUUGCCACAGCAACUGCAUCCUUCAUGGGCAAACAUCCUCCUUGCUCAGUGGAAGUAUAGGUCUGAGAUUAAGCUCACCUCAGUUGAGAGGGGACAAUAUAGUUAAAAACAGCAUUUGAAAGCAAACAACAUAUUACGGCAAUAGCUUCAUUAGAAAUACUGCUUUUAUAAAACUAAUGUAUAUGUGAAAUUAAAGCAAUUUGUAAUAAUAGUAUUAUCAUGGUUUUUAAGACAGAGGGGGACACAGCAAGUUUGUGACCCUCCCCCCCCAGUAGUUUAAAGGAGCUGGGCUACUGGGAUGUAAUAUUUUAAUUACAUACAUAUUGCAAAUGCACACAUUUCGGUUGAGGGUAUCUACCUCUGGCAAAUGUAAUUUUUCAUUUUAGUCCUGUAUUGACUCCUGAUAUUAUGGCAUUUUCCAGAUUGCCAAAUAAGUAUAAGUUCUAGUAAGUAAAAAAAAAAAACAAAAAAAC